AUGCUCCGCGCACUGAACUGGCUUGUCUCGACCCCAGGCACAACGAACUUCUUGCAUUACUCCGGACACGGCGGACAAGAACCUGACGACAAUAGAACGACAGGCUACGACGACACUAUCUGUCCAGUCGAUUUCGAGCGCGCAGGUCAAAUCAACAGUACUCUUCUUCAUCAAAUUCUCGUUUCCGCUUUACCUCCGAACAGCACAUUAUUCAUCGUACUGGAUUGCUGUCACUCUGGCUCUGCAGUUGAACUGCCAUACGUCUACCGCACCGAUGACGAAGGCAAUAUUUCAGUUAUGAACAAUAUUAAAGCUGGAGUCAAUUUAGUCAUGGAAGCGAAUGCGUUGUUGAAUGGAGAUUAUGGGCUCAACAGCGUUGCAGCAGCGAAACACAUGCUCGGCGACGCCAACAGCUUUUUUCAAGGCUUCAAACAUUCGCAUCAUCACGGCUCAACCGGGCUGGAAGCUGAUACCACGGGACGAGAUUGGAGUCGGGAGAAUAAGUUCGUUACGAUGUAUUCGGGUUGUAGAGACGAGGAGACGAGUGCGGAUGCUUACAUUGCAGGGAGAAACUGCGGCGCAAUGACUUGGGCGUUUCUGGAGACGAUGAAGCGCAAUCCGAAUCCGUCGUAUAUUGAAACUCUUCAGGAGACGAGGAGAGAGCUGAGAGGAAGCAAUUAUAAGCAAGUCCCUCAACUUUCGGUCGGAGUGCAGAUUGAGUUGAAUCAGCCACUCCGGCUGUAA